AUGGACAAAAGUUGGAUGCAACUGACUGAUAGACUCUUGUCGACACAAUAUGCGGAAGGGGUCCAACAGUUUAUCUCUCAAGCACGAAACCACGCAGUUGGAACUAACUGCGCUCGCUGUCCAUGUCGGGAUUGCUAUAAUAAUAUCUUCCUCCCUAUAGAAGAGGUGGAAACACACUUGUUCAUAAAUGGGAUUAAUCCAAAUUACCACCGUUGGAUAUUUCAUGGGGAGGAAGAAAUCUUGGAUGUCAGUGAUGAGGACCAAACUGGGCCACAUAGUGAUGAAGAUGACUAUAUUGAUGACAUGGAGCAGAUGCUAGGUGACAUUAGGGAAGCCACGUUCAUGAAUACACAAUCAGACAACGCCGGACCUAGCACCCAACCACCUAUGACUGAGGCAAACACUUCCUUCUCAUUCGACAAGCUAUUGGAUGAUGCCCGACAGCCACUUUACCAGGGGUGUAAACAGUUUUCGAAGCUCUCAUUUAUUGUGAAGCUGUUGCACAUUAAAACUAUCGGGGGUUGGUCAAUAAAGUCAUUUGACCUUCUCUUGAAUUUGUUAAGGUCUGCAUUUCCCAAUGCUCUUUUGCCAAGAUCAUAUGAAGAGUCGCGGUCACUUCAGCGGGGGUUGGGUUUCAAUUACCACAAAAUCCAUGCUUGUCCUAAUGAUUGUGUACUAUUUUGGAAGGAAAAUGCCGAUAAGGAUGAGUGUCCAAAAUGCAAGGCCCCUAGGUGGUUGGCCGAUGCACAAGGGAAUCGUCUAAUCCCUCAAAAGGUGUUGCGUCAUUUCCCUUUGAUGCCAAGGUUGCAACGUAUCUAUAUGUCUACUAAGAUAUCCGCUGAUAUGAGAUGGCAUAAAGAGCAACGAGCUACAAAUGAUUCCGUCAUGAGACAUCUUGCUGAUUCAGUUGUGUGGAACAUAUUCGACAAAGAUCAUAGUUGGUUUGCUGAAGAUGCUCGUAAUGUCAGGCUUGGUUUAGCAAGUGAUGGCUUCAAUCCUUUCAACAACCUUGCAAAACCUUAUAGCAUAUGGCCUCCUUUGGUUGAUGAGUUGAAAGAGCUUUGGGAGAAUGGCGUGCAUACAUAUGAUGCCUACAAGAAGGAAACCUUCACUUUGCAUGCGGCUUUAAUCUGGACAAUAAAUGGGUUCCCUGCAUAUGGAAAUCUGUCUGGAUGGUCAACUAAAGGAAAAUUGGCAUGUCCCGCUUGCAAUGCUAGUACAGAUUCCAAGUGGUUGAAAUUUGGCCGGAAGCACAACUAG